AUGAGACGAACAAACCGCGUAGAGCCGGCUAGUACCGGUAGUGACGCUGACGAUUUGGCACGAGCUACAGUAACAACAACAACACGUAUGGAAUUUGUACGACGAACUCAAGUCGUUCCUAUGAGAGAAGCACUUGCUCAAUUACAUUGCGAUCUCAAUCAAUCGCUAGCUGGUGAUGUAAUCAUUUCACCGAGAAUUUGGACCGGAAUGCAUACCGUUGGAACACCCGUGACCGUCAGUAGUGGCUCUCUGAAAACAGUAUGUCUCAUCGGCAUCCUAUUUAUUGCCGUUGCAUUAGUUGCUCUUUGUACUACGAUUAUUGGCUUAGCAAUUGCAUUUGGAAAUACAAGUUCUGUCGGCCAAAGUUCUAUUGAACGAUAUGAUGUUGGUAAUUUAAAUUUUGGAAUGAGUGGUACUAAUGCUAAUCAAUAUCCUUCAAAUAGUUAUUUAUCUAUUGAAAACCAGGCUGCUGUGGAAACAUAUCUUUCGGAUCAAUUGUCUACCGAGCCUGGUUAUCGUGGUUUACUUAUUGAGGGAGUUCUUGUACAGCAAAAUGCGUCAAGUGGUCGACGACGACGACAGGCAACAUCAUGUUCCACUACAUUCAUUAUUAAAAAUAUUCAAAUUUAUUUUGAUGCUUGUUCAACUUGUAUAAGUUCACGCAAUGCUGCCUUACGUCGUUUGUUUGCGAAUUUAACAGCGUUUCAAAGGCCACUAAAUUUAUCAGCAAGCAGUGGCAAUGCAUCUCAAGUAUCUCUAGAUGUAUGUUCAACACCAAACAUAACUGCUCUCUACGUACCAGUAGUAUUAAGUAUUUUGGAAGCACAGCAAAUCAGUUCAAGUCUUAUAACAUCAACUGCAUCUACAGCAACAAUUACAGCAACAUCAACUGCAUCUACAGUAACGACUGCAGCAACAUCAACUGCAUCUACAGCAGCGACUGCAGCAACAUCAACUGCAUCUACAGUAACGACUGCAGCAACAUCAACUGUAUCUACAGUAACGACUGUAGCAACAUCAACUUAUGCAGUAUCAACCAACAUAGCUGAACUAACAACCCGUUCGCCCGAUACAGUUACUUCUCAAAAUAUUCUUACAGAAAAACUAACAACAUUGCAAGCCAGUUCUGUAAAUUCAAUCGAAGCAAGUUUCCCAUUGGCUACAACAAUAAUUAAUGAUAUAAGUACUAUUAUACCUACAACUAUAUCGCCAACAACAACAGAUUCGACAUCAAAGAUGCAAUCUACAAAUGGGCAAAUUUCAACAAUUAUAUCUGAAAUAUCUACCGUUUUCAAGGAUUCAACAUCGACCGUGUCCAUUCCGAUAGAUCAAACAUCUUUCAUGGAUUUAACAACGAUAUCCGGCACAAUUCAGGAUACAACAACUUCAAAACAAACCUCAGACACAACAAUAUCAGUAGGUCUACCUGAGCAUACCACGUUGACAGGUCAAACUACAUAUACAACAGGAACAAGCCCGGGUGAACAUACAACUUCUGCAGGUCAAGCUGACAGUACAGCAUCGAUAGAUCAAACUGAUCACACAACAAGAUCCCAGAUAAUUGGUGAUACAACACUAUUAACGAGUGAUACGAUGUCAACGAGAAGUAUUCAUGAGACAGUAAUAACCCAAGCAUUUACGGCAAUAACAUCUUCUACCAAUCAACCCACAAUAUCCGGUCAGUUUACGGACGUAUCAACAUCGAUACAUAGUGAAUCAACAAUAUCAUCGGUAGCUGAGACAGUGACAUCACAAGUGUUUGAAGCGAGUAGUUAUCCUAUGGCUUUAACUUCAUCACUCAGUACGGAUGCAAUGGCAUCAUCGUCGGUCGGUUUUACUAGUGCACAAACAUCUACUCGCCAUGAUACAAUAACUGCAGCAACAAGUAGUGAGUUUGAAACAACGCCUCUUAACAACUAUAGAGACCUAACAACUGGGACAGUAGAACAAUUAUCAACAAUACAUGAUGCUAGUACUUUGCAAUCUGGUCUAUCUACAACGACGAUUAGCCAAGGUCAAGAAACAUCAUCGACUCUUACGACUGAAUCACCAUUGUCCACACCGAUUUAUACUUAUUCAACUGGUGCCUCUCAUAGUUCGAUCAUACCAGAAGCUACUACAAGUAAAAUUGAAAUUGAUACUGCAUCGCCCUUUUAUCAUGAUUCAACAACACAAAUAUCUGAACUGCAACCUAGUACAGUAUCUAGUUAUACCAAAGAAACAGGUCUUUCAUCAAUGUAUUCUUCAACUACGAUACAACCAUUAACUGCUGAUACUACUGUAACAUCAUCUGAAUCAGUAGCUCCUACAACUACUAACUAUUUUCAACAAUCUUCUGAUUCUUUAUCAAGUACACCAUCUCAAUUGAUCACCCAAUCGGGUCUUACACAAACAGAAACAUCUUAUGCUUCUGAUUCUACUGGUCAAAUAAGUAGCCAAAUUUUCACAACAGAUACAAUUUUACUAACAACAGCAACACAACAACCCACUCAACCGAUGCAGACAUCAUUUAAUCCAGCAAGUAUUCAAACACAAACUACUACUCUGGAACAAAAUUCAGCAUCUCAGAUAAGCACAGAAACAAUAACUAUGGCAUCAACAACGACAACUCAAAUGUCGUCUUCUACACCCACUGGAUUAUUUACCAGCAUGGAUUUAACUUCAAUGGCAACCAAAUUUGGUCAAUCAUCAUUACCAACAAAUAUUUAUGAAACAAGUGAAUCAUCGUUAACAACAGUUUCAUCAAUAACUAUAUCUGACGAAUUAUCUACCAGCGAAUCUUAUGCAACAUCAUCUGACUUGCAUACAGCCACGACUAUUGUAAGUACUUUUGGCAUGAUAAUAACAAGUACAUUGCAUGAGGAUUCAACUAAUCAGCAAAGCUUGCAAACAUCUUCUUUGACUACUAAUGCUUUACUAACACAUGCUUACGUAGAAAGUAGUUCAGUCACUUCUAUACCAACAAUUUAUUCAUCAAUACAAUCAACAGACUUAUUACAAACUAUAUUCGACAGUACAAUGCCUCAGAUUGACCAAAGUCAAACAUCAAUAGAAUAUAAUUCUCAAUUUUCAACGUUAACGACAAUUAUAUCAACUAACGAAUACAUAACAUCUUCAGCAAAACCUAUCACUGAACAAAUUACAUUGACUGCACUCAUCGAUCCAAACUCAACUGAAGCGAAUACUAUAACAAAUAAUAAUAUAUUUACAAUUCAAACAACUGAAGAAUCAUCAACUCUGCCGAACAACGAUUAUACAUCAAGCAUGAAGUUAUUGGGAUCUCUCAGUACUGAGAUAAGUAAAACAUCGUUGAUAUCUGAUACUACAUUAUCAACUCAAAUGAAUAAAAUAAGUGAUUCUAGUACAGAAUCGAUUUCUUUGUCUACUUAUGAAAAUGUUUUUAAUUCAAUCAAUCCUAUAACUUAUACAGGUACAACAUCAACAACCAUGAGCGUAGAUACAACAUUAGACAAACAACUUCCUACUUCAAUUGAGACUUCAAUAAGUUCUAGUAGUUCUACGCUGGAUAUAAUAACAUCGACUAAUUCUCAAUCAAGUACAGCUGAAGUAACAAUUGAAACAAGUUAUAUCUCAUUGCUUGAUAUUACUACAAACAAUAUAAGCGUUGUAUCAACUAGCCAUUUCAAUCUUGAUUCUUCAACACUUUCAAAUUCACCUACUAGCAAAAUCGAGCUUACGACAGAAGUGUUUUCCACAAUGAAUUCAGAAACACUAACAACUUUAGAAACUAGCUUUUCAACAUUAUAUGAACAAGUCUCAAGUUCAGCUCAGCAAUCAUCCGUACCUUCAUCACAAUCAGUAACAACGACAGGUGCACCAACUGAAUUAUUCGUAGAAACAUCAUCCGUAACUAGUUCAUAUGCACCACAAAGUGAUAUUUCUACGAGCCAGCUAUUAAGCUUUACUUCAACAUUGAUAUCAACAGCUCUGACUGACUCUGCUAUUCAAAUGACGUCUCCUACGAGCAUCAACAUAUCUGAAGAAAUCACAACAAGCACCGCAGUAACAUUAACUACAAGUUUGACACAAAUGUCAAGUUCAAGUGAACAAUUUACCUCUACAUUCGUAUCAUCAUCAUCAGAAUUGGUAUCUACAAUCGACACUACAGCACCAACUACAACGUUGAUAACAUCGAUUUCUGAUAUAUUUUCAUCCACAACCGUUCCGGAAACUAGAGAAACUUCAACGAUUUCAUCAACAGUAUCAGAAACGACUAAAUCAACCUCUGAAAUGUUAUCAUUUACGGACUUAUCCAGUGAUACUAGCAGUGCUCCGAUGUCGACCGUUACCUUGCAGGCAUCACUGCCAUUUGUUGUCGAUGCAUCUCAUGCUACCUCUUCAGCUACUGUUUAUACAUCAGCAUAUGACAGUACAAUCAUCGAUGUAACAAUUGCAUAUGGAUUACAAAGUGACACUACUACCAGUCAACUAACAACAUUGUCUUCAAUUAUCUCAAACUCAACUGAACCAUCUAUUUCCAUCCUGACACUAACAACUACGACAACAGCUGAACAUAGUAUCUAUGAAGCAACACCAGAAACAACUAUGAUUCCAUCAGAAGAACCAAAAACAAGUAUCACCGCAAUAUUAUCUACCAGUUCAGACCAUAGUUCAAGCUCAGCAGAACAGUUCAUUUCUUCAUCAGAACUAGUAACUAGUGUUGGCAGUGCAACAAUGUCGGCAAGUUCUCUUUCGGACACACCUCCAACUACAGCCAGUACAGCGACGGAACUAUCUUCAAUAUUGUCAUCAACUGUCUCAGAUACGACUGAAACCUCAUCAAUUACACUGUCAUCGGCUACAACCCCAAUUGAAGUCACUUCAUCAACCACAGUUUAUCCAUCAAAAUCUGACACUACCAUCAAUGAUUUAACCACAGUCUAUCUAUCACAAGAUCACAUUACCAGUAAUUUAUUAUCAACAUUCUCGUCGGUUACGUCAGAUUCGAGCACAACAACCACGUCAAUACUAGUUCCAACGCCUGUAACUGUUUCUCUUAUUGAAACUACAACAAUAGCUCCACAGACUACCGAACUAACAACGCUCGAAACAAGCACGAGUACAUCGGAACUACUACAAACAAGUAUCACGGCAAGACUAUCUAUCAGUUCUGAAUAUACUUCAAGUCCAACUGAUCAGUUCGGUUUGUCAUCAGCACCAGUACCUACCGUUGCCACGACAACAGCGGUAUUCAAUUCGAACUCUGACUCAACAUUGAUGACAUCUGUUUUAGAAACAUUUUCAGCUACAAUCAUUCCAGAAAGGACACAGUCUUCAACGUUGUCUCCGAUCUAUUCAGAUUCCACUGUAACAUCUACAUCAACAUUGUUGUCAACAAUCGUCACUGCUACUCACAUGGAAAGCACCAUCACAGCUGAAGAAAACAUGACAAACACACAAGCAAUCCUAUCUACCACUUCCGAACAAACUUCAAGCUCAACACAACAGUUUUCAUCGCCAUUAGACUUCGUACCUACCAUGGACACAAGUAACUCGAUAUCAGACACUAUUCAUAGUACAACCUUUAUGACAUCUAUUUUCGACACACUUUCAUCCACAACCAUUCCUGAGAGCAAACCAACUGCAACAUUAUCCACAAUAAUCUCAGGAACCAAUAGUCCAAUGAUUGAAACUGCGUCAGUUACAACAUCUUCAACGCUUACUAACACCGCUCCAUCAGCAAAUAUCAUCCCAGAAACAUCAAUGCUGGGAAACACCCUACUCAGCACACUAUCACCUACCGCUACUACUACCAACACAACAUCAUCACCGAUAAUAUACCCGACAAUAUAUGCCACUACAAUUCUCGACCAAACAUUUACCUCAACAUCAGUCUCCACGAGUAUCGUAAAUUCUGUUAUCGAAACUACAACCACCAGCGAAACAACGUUUCACUCAAGCAUUAACACNUCUUCAACUGACACCAUGGGUACUUCCAUAUCAAGUACUAUGCCAGAAAUAUCAUCGUUAUCUGCAAUUGAAGUCGCAUCAUCAACUAUGGGUAGCUCAACGACAUUUGCUAGUACAAUGGGCAGUGUAACUAAUCACGAAUUGCCAACAUCCUCUUUAGCUGACUCAGACUACAGUGUGGCAUCUAAUUCGACAUUACUCGCAACGAGUAUCGUAAAUUCUGUUAUCGAAACUACAACCACCAGCGAAACAACGUUUCACUCAAGCAUUAACACAAUUGAAACGAUAACGGCUAGUGCAGCAGCAGGUUUCUCUGUUGGUUUUGAACAAACAUCUAGCUCCACUGAGCAACUCUCAUUAUCGUCAGCAGCAAUAUCUUCAAUAGACACGACGACACAGGGAUCGAAUUCUGUUGAUAGUUCUACGUCAAUAUUAUCUGGUUCUGAAACAUCUUCAAUUCCGAUAAUUUCAGCAACAAUAUCUGAAACAAUUGAACCAACAAUUAAGACACCAUCGAUUACAGAUUCUUCAACUGACACCAUGGGUACUUCCAUAUCAAGUACUAUGCCAGAAAUAUCAUCGUUAUCUGCAAUUGAAGUCGCAUCAUCAACUAUGGGUAGCUCAACGACAUUUGCUAGUACAAUGGGCAGUGUAACUAAUCACGAAU